GCAAAUGAGGCCACAUCGGCAGUGACGUGGUCCCUAGUGUUUCCGGGCAACUUCGCAGUGAAGGGACUGUAUACCUCGAGCGAAUUGUUUUUCAGCACUAAACAACGAUACAUACGUUGGCUACAGUUGGUUUGCCAGCCACGAGGGGGACAUUGACUAUUUAGUCAUUCAUAUUUUCGAAGUGCGAAGACCUAACAUAAUAAAAUGGCUGACCAACUGACCGAGGAGCAGAUUGCUGAGUUCAAGGAGGCCUUCUCACUGUUCGACAAAGACGGCGAUGGCACCAUCACCACCAAGGAGCUGGGCACUGUCAUGCGCUCUCUGGGACAGAACCCUACUGAGGCAGAGCUACAGGACAUGAUCAACGAGGUGGAUGCCGAUGGUAACGGGACAAUCGACUUCCCAGAGUUCCUGACAAUGAUGGCAAGGAAGAUGAAGGACACAGACAGCGAGGAGGAGAUCAGAGAAGCCUUCAGAGUCUUUGAUAAGGAUGGGAACGGCUACAUCAGUGCGGCAGAGCUGCGGCACGUCAUGACCAACCUCGGGGAGAAGCUCACAGACGAGGAGGUGGACGAGAUGAUCCGCGAGGCCGACAUUGACGGAGACGGACAGGUCAACUAUGAAGAGUUUGUGCAGAUGAUGACAGCCAAGUGAAGUAGACUGUGCUCUCACACAUUUCUCUCGUACAUUGCUUGUCCUCCUAAGAUCACUCUGUCUUUAAGAAAACAAAACAAUAAUCAAGCCAAAAUGUAAAACUCAAAAAAUGAUUCUGUACAAAAUAAUUUAAUAAAAGAAAAAUCCAAGUACUUCUAGGGUAUCUGUUUUAAGAGCAACUGCAGAUGAAUCCCUAACAGAAGUUAAUGGACCAAGCUUUAACGAGGCAUGAGGCCCUUACUCCAGAGUAAGAUCCUUGGGAGGCUCCCAGAUGCUGAAAAAAAUUUGAGGAAAGGGCAACACGGACGAGGGAUAGGAACCCAUGCCAGAGAUGGCUCUUUUCCUCAUUGAGAGAAGCUUACUAUUUCGAGAGUCUUUUUCUACCCUGAAAACAAGUUAAGGCUAACGGCACACCUACACAAAUCGCAGUGCUGAUUUCUAACAUUGAAUUGGGUAACAGCAUUCUUGCAUGCACUCCUUCUGAGAUGGUUUCAUGUCACAAGGUGGUUUUGAUCCCAUCGGAGAUUGUGGAUUGUAUACAAACUGGAGUCAUAUACAUAAAUAUAUAGUUAUACACUCUAGGUAUAUACAUAAAUAUAUAUAUACAUAUACACUGAGUGUACAGAACAUUAGGAACACCUUCUUAAUAUUUAGUUGCCCGCCCUUUUGCCCUCAGAACAGCUUCAAUUCGUCGGGCAUGGACUCUACAAGGUGUCGAAAGCGUUCCACAGGGAUGCUGGCCCAUGGUAACUCCAAUGCUUCCCACAGUUGUCAAGUUGGCCUUUGUGUGCUGGACCAUUGUUGAUGCACACAGGAAACUGUUGAGUGUGAAAAUCUCAGCACUAUUGCAGUUCUUGACACUCAAACUGGUGUGCCUGCCUACAACCAUACCCCCUUCAAAGGCACUUACAUCUUUUGUCUUGCCCAUUCACCCUCUGAAUGGCACACAUACACAAUCUGUGUCUCAAGGCUUAAAAAUCAUUUUUUAACCUGUCUCUUCCCCUUUUAACAAGUUACAUCAAUAAGGGAUCAUAGUUUUCACCUGGUCAGUCUAUAUCAUGGAAAGAGCAGGUGUCCCUAAUGUUUUGUACUCUCGGUGUGUAAUAUACACACGUAUGUAAAAAUGCUAACAGUUGGUGCAAGAAUUACAGUGGAAAAGGUUGCUUUGGUGCUAGGCUGAGGAGAGAAUUCACCCAUCCCUAAGGGGUUGUGGGGAGCUGAUAGAAAAGCACUGGUUGUUUUGUUUUAAUUGUAUUUUCCAUUGUUUCGGCAGGCUUUCGUUCUCAAACAAGGCUUUUAAUUUCCCAGCACUACUGACCUAUGGCAUAGGAGUACUUAGAUGUACAGUUUCAGAAUGUUGAUUACGGUAGCACACUUUGAGAGCAUUGCUGUGAAGAUAUUCUAUCUUUCAUAUAUCCUGAUACAAAUAUGAAUGUCAUGCUUUUUAAAUGUAUGUUAUCAAACAUUUAACGUAUAAAUUAAUUAAACAUUUUGGUCACACAAAUAUAUAUGUGUAUCGUAAACUUUGCAUGACCUAUUGUUGAUAUAGUAUGACCUGUGAAAUGUGCCAUAAUACUCUAAAGCCUCAACCUUGCAAGAACACUUAGUAAAUUAGAACAUAUUAUGAAUAUACAGUAUAAGCUAUAUACAGUACAUACCUAUUUGCACUUUGGUGUAAACCGUAUAUUUGAACAUGUUCUGUAAAAAAGACAAUGUUGCUGCUGCUAGAACAACUAAUUUGUCUCUUGCUGCUGUGGAUUUGACAGAUCCUCAUGUUGUCGUCAAGUGUUCACAUCUUUUAUCCGUGCUCCGCUUGCUGUUCUGCUGAACAGAGUAUAUAUAUUCACUAAUAUAUUUAUUUUUGUCAGUGAGUUGAAAAAGUAAAUCAGUUUGACGGGUAUAAAUUAGGGGUUGCAUUUUUUUUGGGGGGGGGGUUGAGUGAAAGGAAUGAUAGCAGAGGUACUGAAUCGUUGCGUGAAAGACAACUUGUGGACUAAAACUAUCUGGCUAGCUUUUACUGGUUGGUUAACUUUGAUCUACAGGUUGGAAAAGACACAUGGUUAAGGACUGUUAAACUUCUGGAGGUAGUGUACAAAUUUAAAGAUGUGAAAUAUUCAUGUUUGCCAUGAAUAAAUACAUUUACUGAACUUC